AGUCGCCAACAGCCGACAACUUGAUAAAAGUGAUAAGAGCGUCAAAGGCAUCCGCGGUACAUAGGUAAGCGCGUCUCAAAAGUUGCGUUGCAUAAGAGGCGUCUAGACGCCCACUAAGUAGUGAAACUGCCGUUAGAAGUCGUGCAAUAAUCCGUGAAAAUCGUGCACUACUCUUGUAAGACGUGUAACAUCCCCUUCCUGUCCGUAAAACUUGACAAACUCGUGUGUAACAACUUGUGUAACGUUUAAAAAAAACUUGUGAUAGUCGUGAAACAACUCGGGUAACUCCUGUAGAACUUGUGAAGUCGCCCCUUUGUGCCAGACUUCCAAGUAUCAUCUCAAAUUACGCCAGUAAAAUUCAGUUGUGUGCUUCGUAAACUCUACGACAAUAGGCGCUUUCCGAUAUCCAGUUUCUUGUGAACUGUUUGAGUGAAUUUUCAACGCGAGUGCAUUUUCAGUGCUUUGGCGUGUGUAUUAUACAAGUUGUCAAAUUAAUUGAACUAUUGCAAGAAUAGAGGAAAACAUUUAAUACUAUGAUUCGAUCAAUUUAGCGUGGAAUCAGAGACAAAAAUUCAUUGCCACGAACAGAAAAUGCGUUUUAUUUGAUGUGAUACUGCAUGCUGUGUACGUGGAUGUAGAGAAAAUUAUCCAACCAUUACUCACCCUGACAAAAUAUAAGCAACAAUUUGAAACUUAAUUGUGACUUAUCAUGAACCGUGGAUACAAUUUAAGAGUAACUACGCGAGUGCAGAAAAAACAUUGCAUCAUGAGUCCACUUUAGCACAGCCAGAACAUUUUCAUCAAUUACAAUGGAGUCAAAUCAACAAACCAUGGAUAUGAUCACAUUGUGAUUAAUAAGGGGGAAUAUUAUGACAGUCAGUCCCAAGUAGCAUAACUUGAACCUUAUUAAUGUGAAAUUCAACUAUUUUAUUUGAGCCGUGGCUUGGCAAGAUAUUCCCUAAAAUGUCCCUCAAUGUAAACUUAUCUAUGAUGUUGUCAACCCACAAAACCGUGGAUAUGGUGUUGAUUGAGUGUUGAAAAAAUAUAGUUGUCAUCCAGAAAAUAAUGACAAGGUAUCAUUGAAAUAUCUUCGUUGAGAACCAAUUAUGUGAAAUCAGAAAAGACUGUAAAACAAUUCCAUCAAUGUUGAUUGAGUGUUAAAAAAACAUUUCUGAGCCAGGGAACAAUGACAAGGCUUCAUUAAAAUAUUUUCACUGACAAACAGUAAUGUGAAACCAGAAAAGACUGUCAAAUGUGGAAACCAAUAAAAUUACAGAAUCCAAUACCAAUGUUAUGAACUCACUGACCAUGGAUAUGAUACAAGCCUGGCCAACCGAGGUAAACUCUAGCGUGGCGCGAGUGAACGCGAGCCAGCUCGAGUCACCCUCCCCGGGAGUGGUCGAGCUCCCUGCCAACCUCCGCUUCUCAUUGGCCGACUCCGUGGUUGACCUUGCCACUUACGGAUUCCUAUUCAUCAUCGCGGCCAUAGGAAACGUGACAACACUGUUCUCACUGUUGCGCUCACGUCACAGACAGUCGCGCGUCAGUCUACUGCUCACGCACCUCGUCAUCGCCGACCUGUUGGUGACUUUCAUCAUGAUCCCCAUGGAGCUAGCCUGGAGGGUGACCGUGCAAUGGGUGGCGGGAAACGCGGCUUGUAAACUGUUUCUGUUUCUAAGGGCGUUUGGACUGUAUUUGUCGUCGAAUGUUCUAGUGUGUGUGUCCUUGGAUCGCUACUUCGCUGUCGUCUAUCCGCUGAGAGUGACGGAUGCCAGAAAGAGAGGCAAGUGUAUGCUGACAGCUGCCUGGCUCGUCUCCUUCUGCUCUGCUGUACCACAGAGUGUGGUGUUCCACGUGGAGAGGCACCCGGACUUCUCCGACUUCAAGCAGUGCGUCUCGUUCAACUACUUCAGCACCCCGGCCAAGGAGACCACCUACAACAUCUUCUGCGUCCUGGCCAUGUACUUCGUGCCCCUCUGCCUCAUCUCCUUCGCCUAUCUUCGCAUCUUCAUCGAGAUCACCAGGAAGUCGUGCGAUAACGCUACAGAGCCGACAACCGCAGCCGCCAACGGUGACUGCUGCAAAAUGGCGGCGCCGCCAGUCACGCCGCAACUAGUCGCCAACCUGCGGCAGCAGACGACAAGACGCAUGCAGCUGCGACGCAGCGACCCGACGCAGAUCGAACGCGCGCGAACCAAGACGCUAAGAAUGUCGCUCACCAUUGUUGCCGUCUUCUUCUGGUGUUGGACGCCAUACGUGUUCAUGACUGUCUGGUACAUGGUGGACCGGAGUUCGGCCUCACAGUUCAACCCUCGCUUGCAGGAUUUCUUCUUCGUGAUGGCAGUCUCGAAUUCGUGCAUGAAUCCACUGGUCUAUGGCUCCUAUAAUCGAAAGGAGUGCUCCAGAUUCCUCUGUUUUUCAGCUUCGGAGAAAAGGCUGGGACGUCGAUCACCAGAUGCUGAAUCCAAAGCGGGGCGCACCAGAGCGGUCAUAUAUGAGAAAACUCCCGUAAAUGGAGUGAGAGUGAUUGGCUCUGGAUUGAACAAUAACACAAGACUGACCGGCCUCAACGAAAGAAACCGCACGAAUCAAAACUUCGACACCAGAAUAGACAUCCAACCACACUCAAGAGCACGUUCGACAAUAUCAAUGCAAGACCUGACAAACCAGCAGAAUCCAAAAGUGGUUGGGGGGACAAGGAGAGCAAGGGGGGACUACCACAGUGACCCAGGCGACCAGCGCCUCCCUCCCCCCGACGCAAUUGUCAGUAUCGACUGACUAGCCAGCCAGUACCAUUUCGACAGAUACAGCUGAAUGUCUACAAAAAUCAACAGUAAUAAUAUUGAUUCCCAACAAUAAUCAAAUAACGAUAUUAUUUGAAUUUCAAAGACAUCAUCAAUUGAAUUCAAGAAUAAUUCUACGAUUUAAACUGAAUAUUAAUGAUAAAGUGAGAACAAUAAAUAACUUACUUGAAAUUAAUUGGUGAAUUGUUUUGGAAUAUUUUAUAGAGUGGAGAGAUGAUUAAUCAAAACUUUAACAUGAUUAUUGAGAGUAUCCCUGUAUCCUAUGAAGAUUAAAACUGUCGAUCUCAUUACAGUAAAAAAUAUAAUGGAAUAAUAUAAUCAAACAAUUUUGUAGAUAUGAAUACGGAAGGAGAUUUUUUGAGCGAAACUUCAAAAAAAAUGAACCAACGUUGUAACAUGGUGAUUAAAAAUAUGUAUAAAAUAGUAAAAAUAUGGAUUAUUGAGCUGUUAAUUCAAGUGUGUAAUUAUCAAGUAAUAAUGAACCAAUACUGUGAAAUGAUUAUUCAAGGGUUGUUUUCCAGGUUUUUAAUCUGAUUGAGUAAAAAUAUGAAGAGAUAUUUCAAUCAAUGUUUUAAGAAUAUAAGUCAUAUUGAUGUAAAUUAUUUAAGUGAUGGUAAUAUAAAGUAGCAGUGUAAGAUAUAACUUACAUGCUUUUUGGUUGAACUUCAACAUUAUUAUUCAAUUCUAAGACAUAAUACUAAACCACAAUGGCAGAAUUGAUUGUUAAUAGAACGUUGAAUCCCAUGAAUUGAAAUACCCAAUAAUUGUAGAGCAUAAGAGUAAUGCGAAUAUAUCAAAUUCCAUUAAAUUACUAAAUCCAGAAACCAAAAACCAACUUAAAGUCCAAAUAAAGACCCAACUAGACCAAAUUAAAAAGAUAAUAUUGUGUAUUUCAAUUUCAAUACCAAAAGUUGAAACUGAUGGGUAGGGUAUGGUUAUUAUGUGGAUUAACUUAACUGUAUGGUACUGUACCAUAAUUUAUACUACUUUUGUAUGAAACACUAGUCAAUGAAUUAAGUUAGGUCAUCAAGUGACAUUCAUCAGAGGUAAGAUUGAGUGAAACUAAACUUCUAUCUUGAAUAAUAUUAUUUCUUUUCUUUCUGAAUAUUUUCUAGUUUACCAGUAGUCUACAACUUGGAAAAUGUAUCGUGCAGUGUAGGUAAGAUAAUAUGGAAUACAAAAACUGUAAGGAGUUACUCUACCCUUGAGCCUAGAUCCUAGAAUAAGUUAAACUAUAAAAUAUAAUUGAAACUGAUUGCCAUUUGAAGUCAUUGGAGUUAAUUAUUGACUUUCGUUCAAGAUUGAGAAGUUGAUUGGAAUAAAAAAGUGUUUCAUUAAGUUUUAACACCGAGAUGGCGAUCUGCAGACUAUAAUAAUUGUGAAAAAUAUGAAAUAUUUACUAACACUUACUGGAGCAUGCUUUCGAAUCGCAAUUCACAAUUAUUAUAGUCUGUACGUAGUCUUUUCAUUGUUGAAACUUGAUGAAAAAUGUAACAGCAGUUCGUAAUGUAUAAAGAAAUUCAAGUGAGAGUGUUUCUUGAAGGCGUCUACUCUAUAUUUUGACAAUGAAAAUUCAUUUUUUUGUAAUUUCAUACUACUAUGCAACUAAUAAAUAACUUAUCUAUAAUAUUUUUAAUAGUUUCUAUAUUAGUGCCAAUUCUACGAAACUUAUGCUACAAAUUGAAAAGUGACAUAUUAUUCAUCUUGAUGUGAUAUGGAGUUGUGAAAGUAUUAUGGUAUCUAUAAUAUUAAUCGGAUAAGAGAAGUUAUAUAUGUGUUGAAUGUAUUGGGAUAUCCAUUAUUGAUGUUUGACUACUAUAAUAAAUAUUUUUAUAAAUUUGAAUGCAUGCCAGAAAGCCUUAAAUGUGACGGUUAGGGAAAGUUAAGGAAUUAAAUCACUGAAUGUCUUGUUUUAUAACUUAUUACCUACUUCGAAAAAUAAUUAUAUAUAAUUAUGUUCUAAUUGUCAAUUUUCGCCAAUUAAAUAUAUUUUUAUUACAUUUGUGAGUUAA